AUGAAAGUUCGUCUUCCCAUACGCGCUCAACUCUUCCUUGCUAGAGUUACCGUUUUUUUCCUCACGUCUCGAAAGCAUGGUGUCGCAACAGUUUGGCUCGUUGCGACCCUUGGAAGUAAAUCAUCUACCAAAAAAAUCACCCGGAAAGCGAUCCUCGAUGUCGAUGUCAAGAAAGCCUGUAAUACAAUCCUAGAACCUGAUGCCCCUAUGGCACUACGACUGCAAAGCAAUCUAUUGUAUGGUGUUAGUAGGGUCUAUGGUCAACAGGUUGGAUAUGUUCUGAGUGAUACUAUUCAUGUUGAGCAGGGUUUGAGGGGAUUAGGAAAGAAAAUGGUGGGGAGCUUGGAUUUAGAGGGCGUGAAGGUCAAACCAGCUCAAUUGAUGCUAAUGGAUGAUCCUGCAUUCGAUCCAGAUGUGCCACUUCCAGGUCUAAUCCCAGAUUACGAUUUAAAUAUCGAUGCCUAUCAAUCACAAAACCGAGAUUCACAGAUUUCGCUAUCGAUUCACUCACGAGAACGAGGUAGCUCCAUUUCCUCUUCCCAAGGAGCUUCGAUAAUGGGUCUAAAUUUCUCUUCGAGUCUCAAUGGAGGCGGCUACCAGCUUCCUCUCAAUGAUCCAUUCGCCAAGUCUUCCGCGCAGAAGUCUGCCGCCCAUGGAGAUGUAUUCCAUGACGAAGCUAUCCUGUUCGAAGAUGAUAAUAUUUUUGAAUUUGACCAGGAUGGAAAUUUUAGGGAUUUGACGGCUCAAGAGAUCGCAUCUCGAAGAGCAGCAAGUACAAUUAUAGUUCCAAGAUUUGGUAGUGAUUCGGCUGCCAGUGCGAGAGUUCGCAAGGAACAUGACGAUGCUAGAGCCCAAGCUGGAGGUUACGGUCGUACAUACGAGGGAGAUGGUGAUUUGAAUAUGAUGUUUGGAGAUGACGAUGAGGCUAUGAUGCUACCUGAUGCGGAACCUUUCAACAUACCUGCCUUUAUGAGUGGUGCUUUACCUGCUCCUGUUCCAGGCCGCGAGCAAUCACUUUCACAGCCUGAAGAGUCGUCCUCUGAAAGCGCAGCCGCACCUUCGCACCCUCGAAAACCUAAAGUCAAAAAACAACUUCCUAUCGAUGAAACUCAAGAACUCAAGAAUUCGGAUCUCUCAAAAUGGCAAAGAGAGUAUGUUAGUAGCCAAAAUGCUCUCAGUGCAGCAAAGUCAACGACCAAGGGAAAUACAUUGGCCAAGAGAAAUGCUCUUAUGUUCGUCAUUGGAACCGGCCUCAAUGGUGCCGGUAUUGGUAUUGGCUCAACAAAGCUUCCAGGCCCCCUGAGUAUGUUUUCUGGCGAUGCACUUCUUGCGAAGAUUACCGGACGAGUAUUGCAUUCUGCUAAACGUCCGGCAGAAUCCGAAGGAGACAAGAGUGUUCCUAAUAAACGACUUCGCCAUCGUUUCGAUGAAGAAGUUCUUCGUGAUUUCAAGGGCAGUGACGAUUUUGCGAUUCAAAUCGGCGAAGAACCAUUCGGUACUCCGGUUGAGGUGGAAAUGGGAAGAGAUGCGGCGGACGGAUUGCCCGACUAUCCAAGCAGUGCAAUGAUGCCUUGGAACCUAUCUGCUAGCCAGAGAGGUCGCUCAUCAAGUUUACGUCCCGCUGCUUCGCUUAGACUCGGUAGUAAAGGGGUUGCUGCCAGUCCCUUGGUGGGAAGAGGCAGUGUUUUACCUAGCGGAGGCGAUCUCGAAAAAUUCUCUUCGCAGCAAGAUUUGAUUAUGUAUGGAAGAAGUGAUGAUAUCAGUACUAAUUUAGACAGGGGGAGUAGUGGUGGUGCGGAUAUGGGAGGUGACGACCAAAUGAAUAUGGAGUUCGAGAUGUUCGGACCAGCUGCAAAUGUGGAUACACAGACAGCGGGACAGAGCCAAUGGGUUAGAGAUGUCAUGGACACCGAGAGCGAAAAUUUCCUCGAUUUUGUCAGAAUAUCGAUUGAAGAAAGGUAUGCCGAGGAAGAUAUCUUUCGUGAGGAUAGACAGUUGAAGGAUAAGAAGGUGGGAUUUGUGGAAUUAUUCAAUCCGGGAACGAACAGCGAGGUUGUGGCAGCUCAGGCAUUCUUACACGUACUGGCUUUGGCCACAAAGGGGAAAAUUUGGGUUGAUCAGGAUGAGGGUGAGAGCUUGGAGGCAGGUGGAAAUGGGCUAGGUGGGAAUAUUUGGUUGGGAUGUCUGUAG